UUCACGGCAUGGGCGAUCCCGAUCCCAGCCUCCAGGAGGCGACCGAUCCCGUUUUCCUGGUUGACCAUCAACAAUGGCUAGGGUUUCGGGCACCUCCACUCUGGCGUGGUUUCGGCGCCUCCGGCGACUCCUCUCUGACACGCAGCUCCGACUCCGGGAUGCUGCUCCUCCGCUUGAUGGCCAUGGGGUUAGUUCAUCCCCUGCCCUAUCUCUCCCCCUUUCUCUCUCUAAUAUUGGUUUGAUCAUGUAGGAGCAGUCACCGACAGCACCGGAUUCGUGGGGUGCCUAGGGUUUCGCCGCGAGAUGGACGGCCGGGAUCAGCAGCAGAAGACGCCGACGCCGCCGUCGCAGCCGCAGACGCGUCAUGAUGCCGCAGCACGCCUACGGUGAGAUGCCGCCGGGCUCCGCGAACGUCAUGCACGGGAUGCCGCUCGCCUUCAACCCCAUGCAUGGCGUCGCCCGGGCCGGGGUCUCGCAGGCGGCAAUGAAGCCGGCGGACAUGUCGCCGCUGGCCAUGUACCGGCCCGAUUCCACCCCGCCUGGCAUGCCGCAGCCCGUCAGCGGUGGCGGUGGCGCCCUGAUGGUCAGCGUUAGCGGCAGCGGGGGGGAGCUCGUGAUCGUGAAGAAGAGGGGAAGGCCGAGGAAGUAUGGGACGGACGGGACCAUGGGCUCGGCGGUGAAGGCCGAGGCGGGCGGGCAGUCCGGUGGCGCGAGCGCCAACUCGAAUCCUGACGGGAAGCGCAGAGGACGACCCCCGGGAUCUGGCAAAAAGAAGCAGCUCGAUGUCUUAGGUUCAGCUGGGACAUCAUUUACUCCUCACAUAAUAACUGUCAAGCCUAAUGAGGUACUUCAAAAAUGCUCCCUCCUCUGUGGUGUCUUCGCGCUCUGGUUGAUCCUAAGUUGCGUUUGGACAUUAGUUGUGUGGUCAGGAUUGAGUAGAUUGCCCCAUUGGCUAACAGAGUAGAUAUUUUCAUGAGCAUACUACUUUAUCUUGAAAUUUAUCACCUCCAUAGAAGAACUAAGAACAGAGUGUAUAUUAUGUGGCUCCUGGUACAAACAGCAAGAAAAACAUAGCGCUGA